ACGCUCUUCUUUGUCGGAGACGGUUGUUUCUUCUUGCUUUUGCUUCGUCAAGCAAAAGAGCUCAACAAAAUAAAUUGACACACAAUUUCAAUUUGAGCUAGAAAAAGGAGUCGUUCGAGCUAGAAAACUGGUGUGAACAGCUGUUGUUGCAGUAGUGUUGGUUUUUUUUUUAAACCGUGCGUUCGUGUGCGUGUGCAGAAGUAAAAACAAAAAAACAACAACAACAAUAAGAAUAACAGCAAAAAUAAAAUCAACAACAUUUAUAGGCCCGUCGAGCAGUUCGCGCCACUUUGAAGAGAUUCCAUGCAAAAUGUCUAGUCCUGACGAUAGAAUACCGAUACAUGAUUUGCCGCCGGAAGCCGGAAAUGAUGAGCGUCUUUUGCGUAUAACGCCUAGCAGUUUAUCGCUGGACUUUAAGCCACAUCAAGUCGAUAUCGAUCUACAAAUCCUGGAGCUAAAGAAGAGUCAGGAACUGCAAAAGCAGCGUCUGUUUCACACGUAUCAGGAACAGACGAAGCAAAUGGAACUGGAGCAUAAAAUGCAAUUGGAGCACAAAUAUCAUGAAUUGCGGGAACAGAGCAUGGUUACGGCAGCAGCCGUUGUUGAGGAGCAGCAUCGCCAGCAACAACAACACCAGCAGCAACAACAACAUCAGCAACAACAGCAUCAGCAACAACAGCAUCAGCAACAACAACAACAUCAGCAACACCAACAGCAGCAACAACAACAACAACAACGGGAGCGAAGAGAACGUGAAGUGAUGAAAAGGAAGGAGAAUUGCAGCGCCAAUGCGAGUCCCGAAGUCAAACAGAUUCUCAGUUGCUUUCUUAUGAGCCGCAAGUCACAGGCGGUGGCACCAAAUGGCACAACAACAACAUCUCCCUAUCGCAAUCGGGGCGUGGUGAAAAGCUCUUCGGGGGAAUCGCUGCCCGCGGGUACCGUUACCAGUGCACAUCCCUAUAAAAUACCACAGCCACCCCCGUCACUGCUCAAAUAUGAAUCUGAUUUUCCGCUGCGAAAAACGGCAUCUGAGCCGAACCUGCUGAAAAUUCGCCUAAAGCAGAGCGUGAUCGAGAGGAAGGCUCGCAUCGGUGGACCGGCGGGGGCGAGACGUCAUGAGCGUUUACUUCAGGCCGCCCAGCGUAGGCAUCAAAAGAACUCGGUUCUCACAAACUGCAAUAGCACGCCAGAUUCAGGACCAAAUUCGCCGCCAUCAUCGACAGCGCUGUCGGUGGGCGUGGUUGGGAGUAGGGGCUCACCGACGAGUGCACCGAUCCAGGAGGAGAACGAGGAGGGUAGUCAAUAUCAGCCGGGACAGAGGAGCAGCAUCAAUGAUCUCCCAUUGUUUAGUUCACCAUCGUUGCCGAACAUUUCGUUGGGUCGUCCGCAUUUAACCAACGCGCAGGCGGGACAAACCAAUUAUGCCAUGUUUGCUGCACUGCGUCAACAUGUGGCCGCCGCCGCCGCAACGGCCGCAUCGAGUGGUGCAGGUGGUGUUGCAAGUGGUGCUGGUGGUGCUGCUACUGUUGUCUCGGCUGUGGCACCAUCAGUUCCACCUGGAGUUGGCGUUGGCGUUGUCGCCGGCACACCGCCCACCUAUUACAGUCCAUUAGCCAUGCCAUUUGGUCGGCAAGCGAUGAUGCCAGCGACGGGAAUUGCACCACAACCAUCGCCGGUGGUGCGUUCAGCAUCGGCCACAUCCACAUCCUCGUCGCAGGCAUCUUUGGUUGGAGAUGUGGCUCCGCCGCAAGCUCAUGCCGCCUCCACAAUUCUGCCUUCAUCAUCGUCGUACAUGCAACUCAGUGGCGUCUCUGGUGGCGCAUCGGCUGUUAAUCUUCAUGCCACUGCGGUGGCUGUUGCAGCUGCCGCUGCUGCUGCUGCUGCCGCUGCUGGUGGUGGUGGCACAUUGCCGCCCACAAAUAGCCACGCCCAUGCACUGUACGGUCAUCAGCAUAAUGCACACGCACACACACACACGCACACGCACACACACUCGCAUGGACAUGGUGGACAUGUGCCCAUGACAGAUGCCCAGGUGGCCCAGGUGCAUCUCCACAAGCAGGGACACCGUCCCCUGGGAAGAACACAGUCCGCCCCCCUGCCCCUCGGCCAUCCAAUGCUCACAGGCGCCGGCCAACUGAAUGUGGCCCAAACGCAUUACGAGAACAGCGAGGUAAGUUUCAAUGCUUAUGAGCAUCAGGUGCUCACACAGAAGCUGCGUCAAACGGUGCUUACUCGGAGUGGCGCCGCCGCUGCUGUUGUUGCCGCCGCGAGUCGGGAGCCGCAGUUGCAGCUAAGGGAGGAGGAGGAUGACUCAGCCGCCGAGGUGAUGGAUCUCACCGAUAAAAAGAAACCGCCCAAAACGGUGUUGACCAGCACAAUUGCGACCAGCACGUCACAGAAUCUGCCCGAGGCACUUGCCGCAGCCGUAUUUAUUCAUCUGCAACAGCAUGAACUUGCGUGGCCACUUCUGAGCAGUCCCCUGGUACCGCUGGGUCCCCAUGGAUUAAGCCAGAUACCGGACACUGGACAACAGCCAAUUGUUACAUCCUCGUCGGCUGAUCAUAUACCGCCCGUGAAUCUAACGUUGCCCCAUAAGCGUCAUCUGCUUGGCAGCGCCUAUGCCGCACAAUUGCGUCAGCAUCAACAGCAGCUGCUUGUGGAGAGCAGCUCCUGCUCCUCCAUAUCCACAUGCACCUCUGGCUCCGGCUCCGGCUCCUCAGGGACGCACAAGAAGAUCACAACGGGAUUGGCCUACGAUCCAUUGAUGUUGAAGCAUACGUGCAGUUGUGGUGACAAUGCACCGCAUCCGGAGCACAGUGGACGAUUGCAAAGUGUGUGGGCAAGAUUGAAUGAGACGGAUCUUGUCAAGCGCUGCGAUCGUUUACGUGCACGCAAAGCGACACAGGAGGAGCUGCAAACGGUUCACACUGAGGCGCAUGCAAUGCUCUUUGGCUCAAAUCAGGGACAAUUGAGUAGGCCCAAAUUGGAGAGUGCUCUCUCGGCCAGCUUUGUGCGUCUGUCCUGCGGUGGAGUUGGUGUCGAUUUGGAUACCACAUGGAAUGAGCUGCAUACGGCGACAGCUGCUCGCAUGGCCGCCGGUUGUGUCAUCGAUUUGGCCAUGAAAACGGCCAAAGGUGAUUUGCGUAACGGUUUCGCCGUCGUCCGUCCACCUGGUCAUCAUGCCGAGGCAAAUCUGGCCAUGGGCUUCUGUUUCUUCAAUUCAAUUGCCAUUGCGGCGAAACUGUUGCGUCAACGUCUGCCCGAAGUGAGGCGCAUCCUCAUCGUGGAUUGGGAUGUGCAUCAUGGCAAUGGCACACAGCAAGCAUUCUACCAAAGUCCCGACAUUCUAUAUCUUUCCAUACAUCGACACGAUGACGGUAAUUUCUUUCCCGGCACGGGUGGCCCCACAGAGUGCGGCGCCGGUGCUGGUCUCGGCUUCAAUGUGAACAUCUCGUGGUCCGGCGCACUGAAUCCACCGCUGGGAGAUGCCGAAUAUAUCGCUGCAUUCCGUACAGUUGUGAUGCCCAUUGCCAAGUGCUUUAAUCCGGAUAUUGUGCUCGUCUCAUCCGGCUUUGAUGCAGCCACCGGACACCCGGCUCCGCUGGGCGGCUAUCAUGUAUCCCCAGCCUGCUUUGGCCUGAUGACCCGAGAACUGCUCCAACUGGCCAAUGGCAAGGUGGUACUGGCCCUCGAGGGUGGCUACGAUCUGGCGGCCAUCUGUGAUUCGGCACAGGAAUGUGUUCGUGCUCUGCUCGGUGAUCCCGUGGCGGCGAUUGCCCAAACCGAACUGGAGCGACCUCCGUGCCAGAAUGCCAUCAAUACACUGCAGAAAACAAUUGCCAUACAGCAAACACAUUGGCCCUGCGUCCGUCUGCUGGAGCACACUGUCGGUCUGUCCGCGCUGGAAGCGCUCAAGAUCGAGCACGAUGAAUCUGAAACGGUCAAUGCCAUGGCCGGCCUCUCCAUGCAGUCGCUGCACAGAACACUUUCGCGAGAUGAUUCCGAGGAGCCGAUGGAUCAGGAUGAAACCAAAUAGACGCACGCCGCUGCCAUUGCCGCCUGCUCAACGCACUCUAGUUAUUGUUGUAGUUUAAUUGUUGUUGUUUAUUGUUGUUGAUGUCAUUUGUUGUCGUCGUCGUCGUCGUCGUCAUCGUCAUUGUUGCUGUCAUCGGGAAUCGCGAACGCUCGUCAGUUCCUCGCCUAUUGCUAUACUCUUACUCUAUCUCACUUAGCACACUGUCUCUAGCUAGCUGUCUGUAAUUUAUACACACACUCACACAACACAAACUUAAAUAUACAUAUAUGUAAAACAACAAUACGACGUACCAUCGAAUGCGAGGGAAGGAUAAAUAUGGACGAGUUAGAGAAAAUGGAGGCGAGGCACAUGGAGCAGAAAAAAGGAGCCAGCGUAGUUAGAGAAAAGAGGUGUACAGAGUUGAAAACCAGGCCUAAAGUUCAAAACGUGGCUGUGCCACUAAAAAAAUAAAAAUAAAACUAAACAAUA